UCCAGGGCAAGACAGUACCCAUGUGAGUGCGCUUCUGCGAUGAACUUUUGCUGUUCUAUUAUCCUUUUGACGCUCUUUCAGCUCGACUUCACCGUCGCCUGGUUGUACCCCUGCAAGCGACUCGGUUGGGGGUCCUUCACACUGCACAAACACUGCGUGCUCGAAAAUGUUGUCAUUGGAAGCGAAACGCCACUGUACCGGGUUUACUUCCCACCGGUUGAUUUGGAAAUCGAUUCCGGGUUCAUUCCGAACUUUAGUAAAGCAAUCGCAGAACGCAUGAGCGCGAAAACUAAGCGGCUUUCGGUACAGUUUUGCGGAGUUGAGCGGGCCUUUCUUAGAGAUACCCUGGAGCACGUGGAACUCAGGUACAAUAUGAUUUCCGAGGUGACUUUUGAUUCGGCCCAGGCGUUGAAGGUUUGGUCGCUGCACUUGGAUUACAACCAUUUGCGAGAUGUUUCUUUUGUAAGUGACAUGGAAUCGCUGGUAAUAUUGACGGCGAGCAAAAAUAUAAUUAGUUCCGUUAGCUGGGAUACGUUCAGCAGACUGAAACACCUGCUAACAUUAGAUUUGGCCAGUAAUCUAAUCACUACGAUUGAUAGUAAAAGCGACCUGAAACUGCCAGGGUUAAAACGUCUUAUUCUGGCGGACAAUAGAAUCGAAAAUCUAGACUUUCGCAGGCUGAGUUUGAGCGAUGUAAAAGAAUUCAACAUUUCCUUCAACCACUUGCUCAGCCUAAACCUUUUCGAUUUUGAACGAACCUUUCCUGCACUGGAAUCGGUUGAUGUCAGCAACAAUCCCUGGAACUGUGAAAGGCACCGGCGAUUGGACGAUAGAAUGAUUUUGAAAGGAGCGAUAAAGCGACGGUCGACAUCGUCGGAGCAGAUCGGUUGUCACGAAGAUCAGCUGGAGUCCGUCGCACUGACUACUCCGGACGAGGUGCACAAAAUGCAGUACCACUUCAACACUAUGCGGGAUUUUUAUCUACAAGAGCUCAGCCAAUAUGAUACUAACAGGCGGAUAGCUAUUGCUAACGAAAGAUUCUCCUAUUUGGAGUAUGAUUUGGAAGCGAUGAACAGUUCCCUGCAUAAAUUGAAUCAGAAAACAGCCCAUCUGUUCGAAGUGUACCAUCUACGAAAGUCACGUAAUGUAAACAUCACUAGCAUAGCUUAACAUGUACAAAUAUGCAAUCCCCGAACGGAAUAAUAAAGCCGUAAAACCAUAAA